AUGGCUAUGUUACUGGAGGACAUUGUUCGAUCGGUGGAAUUAUGGUUACACAUGAUAAGAAAACCACAGCCUUACGUUGACCCUAAUCUCGACCCGGUUCUUUUAGUCCCAGGGAUUGCAGGUUCGAUUCUAAAAGCAGUAGAUACGGAGAAUGGUAGUAAAGAAGAACGGGUUUGGGUUCGGAUUCUUGCUGCUGAUUAUACAUUUCGAACUAAGCUCUGGUCUCGCUUUGAUCCUCAAACUGGAAGAUCUGUGACUUUAGAUUCGAAGACAAAUAUUGUGGUUCCUGAAGAUAGAUAUGGAUUGCAUGCUAUUGAUGUAUUGGAUCCUGACAUGGUACUAGGACGUGACUGUGUUUAUUAUUUCCAUGAUAUGAUUGUUGAAAUGAUCAAGUGGGGUUUUCAAGAGGGAAAACUCUUUUCGGGUUUGGGUAUGAUUUUCGGCAAAGCAACAGGUAUGUUGCCGGAGACAUUAGAGCGCCUUGCUAAAAAAUUAGAGUCAGUGUAUGAAGCAUCAGGAGGGAAAAAGAUAAACAUCAUAAGUCAUUCAAUGGGGGGUCUGCUAGUUAAAUGCUUCAUGUCCCUGCACAGUGAUAUAUUUGAGAAAUACGUGAAGAAUUGGAUUGCCAUUGCUGCACCAUUCCGGGGUGCACCUGGGUACAUUACAUCUGCCUUUCUGAAUGGAAUGUCAUUUGUUGAAGGGUGGGAGCAGAACUUUUUUAUAUCAAAAUGGAGCAUGCACCAGCUGCUUAUCGAAUGUCCAUCAAUAUAUGAAAUGAUGGCUUGUCCAAAUUUUCGUUGGCAACAUCUUCCUGUUUUGGAAAUCUGGAGAGAGAAGCUAGAUAGUGAUGGAAAUUCUCAGAUAAUUCUAGAGUCAUAUUCCCCUGAAGAGAGCAUCCAAAUUUUCAAGGAUGCUCUUUCAAGUAACACGGUCAUUUAUGAUGGAGAGGAUAUUCCAUUACCUUUCAACUUAGAUAUCUUGAAAUGGGCUGAUGAAACACACAAGGUUCUGUCUCGUGCUAAAGUUCCUCCUGGAGUUAAAUUCUACAAUAUAUAUGGGACCAAUCUGGAAACGCCUCACACUGUUUGCUAUGGAAGUGCAGAGGUACCUGUCAAUGAUCUACCAGAAUUGCGGUUUUGUGAGCCUAAAUACAUUUCUGUUGAUGGCGAUGGGACAGUUCCUGCCGAAUCAGCUAAGGCCGAUGGGCUCGAUGCUGAAGCAAGGGUUGGAGUGCCUGGUGAGCACCGUGGAAUUCUCAGCGACCAUCAUUUAUUCCGGGUUCUAAAGCACUGGCUGAAGGCAGAUUCAGAUCCUUUCUACAAUCCAAUAAAUGAUUACGUCAUUCUACCCACUGCAUUCGAAAUGGAAAGGCACAAAGAGAAUGGAUUACAAUUUACAUCACUUAAAGAGGAGUGGGAAAUCAUUUCAGAAGAGCAAGAUGACCGGGACAAUAUGGUUAAUAGAAAUCCUUUCACGAGAUCAAUUUGUGUUUCUCAUGCAGGAGAUGAUCAAUGUUCACCUGCAGAAGCUUGUGCCACUGUAACUAUGCAUCCUCAUAAUGAAGGGAAGCAACUCGUUGAGCUAAAUGCUGUAAGUGUAUCCGUUGACGCCUGA